GGUUAUAAAUCGUACGUCUGUUCGGCGUUGUCGCUCACAAAUGCGUAAAGAAAUCGCUGAAGCAUUGCGUACUACUUUUCAAAAAUCUGAGCUUGACGCAAUUACUGUACAUUGGGACGGAAAAAUGUUACCUGCGUUAAUGGGCAAAGAACAGGUAGACAGAUUACCAGUACUAAUAUCUUACAAAGGAUCUGAAAAACUAUUGGGAAUUCCUGCUAUUUCUUCUGGCACUGGAAACAAACAAGCCUGUGCGGUGUACGAACUUCUAAACGAAUGGGAAUUGUGCGAUAAAGUUCAAGCACUCUGUUUCGAUACCACAGCAUCUAAUACUGGAUGUUUACAAGGUGCAUCUGUUCUUCUAGAACAAAAAAUCGGAAGGGAUCUUCUAUAUCUACCCUGUCGACACCAUAUAUAUGAAAUUAUUUUACGAAGUGUUUUUGACGAAAAAAUUUCGGCUUCAACGGGUCCAAAUAUU